CACAGGAAGAGCCCAAGCGAGGCAUUGAGUGCCAGGGUUGCACUUGAACACCUCUACUUCUCCAAAUCCUAUCGAACACGCAGAUAUCGUGAUGUUCUAUAUCAUGUACCUCAGUGUCCUCUCGAUUCAAAAUCUGAACCAACAGUGACCAUCCCACUACGAUUGGGAGGCUCGGUUGGCACCAUUAUCUCAUCAGAAGCGAUCCUUCUUUGCAAAUCUCCGUUGCUAACGUUCUCUAAGGGCUAUGCCAGCGAAGACGAUGGGUCGACCCUCAAUAUGAAACUUACCGCACCCGACGGGGCUGGAUGUGCACCGUCAGAGUCAACAACCGUGAGUACUCGGCCGACCGCGAAUAUGCCUCCGAAGAAAUGGCACGGAAUGCCGCGGCCACCCACGCCUACCUGAUCUGCCGCAAUUUCUCCAUGAACGACGGCAUGUAUCCUGGCGACAAGCACAGCCAAGGUGGCGUGAUCCAAGGCCUUCCCGUCGCCAUCGGCACCGGUCGACGGAGGACGUACUCCACCCAGGAAGAAGACCAGUCGUCGAAUUCGUAUGCCAGCGGUGGCAGCAGCCCGCUAAGCAGUGGGAGCGGACUCGACGCCGAGUCGAGGAGGUCUAGCAAGUCGUCACAGUCGCUAUGCUAUUGUGGGCGGGGCAUGGUGCAGUACUACGAGAGAUGCAGCACGUGCUUAAGGGAGUGCGGUUGUCGUUGAGAUGCCC